AUGGCCCGACGGUAUCAACCUUCGGAGCUAUUGCGGCUACGCGAUUCGCCCUUGGUUGUUAAACCCGAUAACUUACCGCCUAUAGAAGAAUGGAUGGGACCACCCCCAGACCCCCCCUUACAGAAGAAAAAUACCAAUGGCCGGGAUCAACCUACUCAACAAGAUCCUCCAAAUCGGAGAUCAAGCUUUUUUGAAAGUCGUCAUAUUUCACGUGCCUCCACAGAUGAAAUCGUUUUAGGACCUCCUAGAACUUCAUUUGCGUCUGCAUCCCGCUCAUUUGGCAAAUCGAUCGAUGCCACCGAUCGAUCCUCUUCGAAAAUUAAUGAUACUGAUGACCAAAAACAUGAUCGCUACAAUUUCCGGGACAAAUUUUUCAAAGAUAGAGAUCCUGGUGAUCGGGAUAGUGACAGAAGAGACACGAAACAACCCCUAGCCAAUGGCCGCCGCACCGGUCGAGAUGAUAGGGAAGACUGGUCUGGCGGAAGACCACGUCGUACAUUUGGCCCCGAAGAAUCGGAUAGAAGACCGAAACGAAACGGAGAUUCGGAUCGGUGGGAGACGCGGGAUCACCGGGAUCACCGGGAUCAUCGGGAUCAUCGGGAUAACCCAGAAGGCGGUCAUGAACGUGCUCCUAGAGACAAAGACCAGGGAAGGUAUCCUCCUCGAAGGGACGGACAAGGCAGGGCCAAACACGAUAAUUGGUUCAGAGAUGGCGAAACACAAGACGCUGUCGAUGGUGAGGAGGAAAAAACUCCCGCAAGACAUCGCGAAUGGCGUCGCGGUGCCCAUGGUGGAGAUAGAGACUGGAAUAGGCUUGCGAAGCACGAACAGGAGCCAGAAUGGCUGGAUUCAUCGGACCGAGACGGGGCCAAAGAAAAGCACACUCAGGCGGAUUUCCAGCGCUGGAAGGAGCGUAUGAAAGCAGGCUCCGCUCCGACGCCCCAAGAGGAAAAGAAAGAGAUUGCUCCAGAACCAAUGAGCUCUGAAUGCAAGCCAAAAGAACCAUCCAAGCGGCGGCUUGAUGGUGAAAUAUUUGGCACUCUAGAUCCCUCCCCCACGGAUUCUGGUUUGGAUAAGUUUUUUGGACUAUGGGGCGAGAACAAACAAUCUCGUGAGCAUGACUCCGAGAAUCUUGUAGAUACAAACGCCAAAAAAACGACGCUUCUUAUCAAAGGAGCCAAAGCUUCUAGGUUUGCGGGUAUUUUCAAUUCACCUGGAGAUACUGCAAAUCGAGAACCCGAGCCUCAGACCAUUAUCCAUACGGAUCCUGCCCGACCAGCUUCUACGGAUGCAGAUCAGGAAGGAUUCCAGCGGAUUUUGCAGAUGCUCGGGGGAAACAAGUCCAGGAAAUUGACACCUCAGGCGGACGUUUCAAUGCAUCAGCCUCCUGUACAGGUGCCGCCGACACAACACGAUUAUAUGAAAUCCUCAACCACUGUAUCAUCUCCUGUUCGAGAGUCUUUCAACCGUCAGGAGUAUGCACCGAUGAACUCCCCUCGGGAGCGACCCCCGUCGGGUUUAGAGGCUCUCUUUGUACAGAAGCCCGCAAAAGAACAAUCUGGGCAAAGCCGUGACACGGAAUUUCUCCUUCGCCUUAUGCAACAGUCUAAAAUAUCCCCUUCAAAUCCCCAAGGAAAUCCUCAGCCUCCCCUUGCUGCACUCCAAUCUCCUGGAGCAGUGAAUGUGCAUGAUAUGCACGCUCGAGCUCAAGCAUUGGAGAAACAGAAAACCCCAGUUUUCCUCGAUGACCCCGCAAUUGCUAAUAUACGGAGGACGGAAUCUCAGGAUCCAAGAGAGCAGUUUCGCCGCAGAGCAGCUAAUGGCCCACCUGUGAGUUAUUUCGACGAUAUGGGGUUCCCUCCAUCGCAGGCGAACCAGACUCCAAAUAAUCCUUCUGGGGUUCGCCCACCAGUUCACGGACAACCUCCAAUGGCACUUCAGCGCCCACCGGGAUUCGAGCAAGUUCAACCUCCUGGAUGGCCCAAUCAACAGCCUCAGCCACCUGGCCCCAACCAGUCCUUGUUACCCCCGGGACUUUUUCAACUCCUAAACCGAAAUGCGAAUCCAAACUUCCCGGCCGGACCGCCUAUGCCCGUUCACGCUGGAAUACCUCCUCCUAAUGAUCGUCAAUCUUAUCAACGAAAUGCCAUGGCUGGAGGACCGGCUCCAUUUGCACCUCCUGGCAUGAUACCUCCUCCAAGCUACAUGAACAUGAAUGCGCCACCACCACCAGCGUUUCCACCAAUGCCUCACAAUCCAGAUGGGAUGAUGAAUAUGCCUCAUCAUGGAAACGUAGCUCAGUAUAGCGGCAUCCCUCCUCAAGGGCCACCUCAGCCCUCUUCAAGGCAGUCUUUUGACAUGUUCGGACCGCCAAGCGUUGAUGGAAACAUGGCUGCAAGAAACGGAGGGGGUAUAAUGGGACCUGGUCCAUACCGCUAA